AUGAAGAGAUUCGAAGGUCCAUCCCACCAAAAGACGACCGGACUCGACGGAGAUUACUUCGGAAACAACAUCAACAAGAAUAUUCCAGUAAAGCCGAUCGACAGCUGGUCAAGAGGAAUCGGCCGUCGUCUUCUGGUGGAACCGAGCUUCGAAUCUCUUCACCCAACACUUCCACUCGAAAUGGAAGAAUGCGUCGUCAUCUUUAAGUCUCUCCCUCUCGCACACGCACACGCACACACGCCCACUCACAUACACCCGAAAUGGAGCAUGCGCCGGGGACCUCGUAAUCGGCUUCGUUACUGGGCGCUGCCCUGGAAACGCCUAUCCCCCCCCCCGAGGCGUACAGGUCAUCUUCCUCCUGCGUGUCCUGCACACCGACGUCGACGCGACCGGCCCCGAGAGUCUCUUGCCCACCGCCGUCUGCUUCUUCUCCCUCCUCGGCGUCCAUUUAACCGGCGUCGUCAACCCCUGUCUCUUCCUGGUCUGCUGCUCUCUCUACCGCAGUCAAGUGGGCCGCUUCUGCUCUGGCCGCCCGAGAUGCCCGCACCUGAUUGGCCGCCCGAGAUGCCCGCACCUGAUUGGCCGCCCACUAUGUCUGCACCUGAUUGGCCGCCUGCACCAGGCACUCCGAGCUGCCCGCAUCUGAUUGGCCGUCGCCCUAAAGGCCCUCCGAGCCUCCAUGUCGGUCUGCCGCCUGGGCAGGCCUCGCCUCAACACAGGGCGCGUGGAUCGAUACUCAAGGCAAGGUGCCGCCUUCUAAUUGGUUGCAUUCAAGUGAUGCUGGUGCUUUGGCCUCUGGUUUGA